AUGUCGGCGUAUAUAGUCUUCGCGACUCAUGAGCGACCUAAAGUGAUUCGCGAGAAGCCCGACAUAGCCUUCGCCGAUGUCGGCAGGGUCAUUGGCGAACGGUGGCGAAACCUCGCAGCUGGUGACAAGGUGAAGUACGAGCAACUGUCUCAGAAGGACAAGCAUCACUUCCAACCCCACCCUUCUUCUAUCAGCUCGCUCUCAAGUUAG